UGGGGCUUUAAAUUAGUGGGAGUAACUAUACAUAACAUUUUGGGAAACGUUCAGAGAAAAUCUUUGCAAAUUACACAAUACCGAAAGAGAGAGAGUGGAGCAAAACAUCGAGCAGCAACAAGAUGAACAGCGCAGCCAUAUAUCCGCCUCAACAUGCCCCUGCAGUCAACCCGUUCGCAAGCAUGCCUGGCUAUGAGGGAAUUGGUGCAGGUGGUUUUUUGCCUCCUCCUGUACCUUUACAGCCAGUAGCUCCAACCCAGCCUGGCCCCACUCCUGAAGAGUGGACCAUCCCCGCCAUGUCAGAAGAUGCUGCUCGUAAGGCAUUCAAAGACUAUGUGAAAUCUCAGUGCUGCUACCAAUCAGGUCCAGCCGAUGAGGGUGUUAUCACCAACAUGGAGUCAUUUAACACAUACAGGUUGCGUCUGGAGACAUUCACUGAGUCCAGAUCAACUGAGAUGGCCGAGAAACCUUACGAAGGGGAAACAGCUGACUUCUAUGCUCAGCCUGCCCCCACACCUUGGGAAGUCCAGGCCAAGACCCCUGAGCUCUUCACCAAACACACUGAGGAGAUCCGAGUGCCAUAUACCUCCAACAUCAAGGAAUGUAACGCCUGCCAUGCCGAAGGAACAGUGUCCUGCAAAGACUGCGAGGCAAAAGGAUAUAAACAAUGCAGUAGGUGCAAUGGCUCUGGUAAGAAUGGGGAGGAAAGCUGCACUGGCUGCAAUGGAACAGGAAAGGACAGGUGUUCAAAGUGCAGUGGUGCGGGAAAAAAUAAAUGUGAAACCUGUAAAGGAAAAAAGCAAUUGCUGACCUUCAUCAAACUCAAAGUGGAGUGGGCUAACAAUGUGGACAACCAUGUGGUGGAGCAAAACUCUGGCCUGAAGGCUGAAGAGUUGAACUCCGUGAAUGGAAAGGAGYUGUUCAAGACGACCCAGAUCAUGCUCUACCCGCUGUAUGGAUUCCCAAAUCCAGCCAUCGUUGAGGCCUCUGACCGUCUGAUCAAAGAGCAUCAAUCCAAGUAUGCUCAGACAUCCAGGAUCAUGCAGCAGAGGCAGACUGUUGAAUUGAUCCCUGUUACUAAGGUGAACUACAAGUGGAAAACUAGCAUUCACGUUUUCUAUGUUUAUGGGAAGGAAAACAAGGUCAGCGCCGACGACUACCCAGAGACCUGCUGCUGCGUCAUCCUGUAGACAAAAAUUUAAAUUCAAACGUGUACUUCAUUUUCUUUCAACAGUAAUCUCCCUUAAUACAGUUUAAAUCUACAAUAUUUUUUUUCCAACUGGUUGUGUUUGAAGAAAACCAGUGGUUGACAGUAACAUUCAUAACAUUGCAAGGUGUUGGGGCAGAAGCUCUGAUGCUUUAUCAUUUAUCUUUAUAUUAUGCUGUUUUACARUACAAUACAAUUCUGUGAAAAAAAAUAAUGCUAAUACCCGAAGGUAAGUCUCUGUCUUUUAAAUCUUCUCUUUUUUUUAUCUGGGUGCUUGGGCCGACCAGCUUUUUUAUUCGUUUUACUUGACCCGCAUGUCAAUGAAUUCCAACCUCAUAUCACUUUACAGUUAUACCUCAUGUAUGUAACAUGAAUGUUUGUUUUUAUAAUAGCCAUUGCAAUUACAGUGUAAUUUUACUCUCAUUAUGAAGUAAAUAGCUUUGUAAUCAGUGAAGUGAUAAGUGCAUUUAUACAUGAUCAUGAGAAAAAGUGCCAUGUUUCUGUGWAUACAGAUGUACAGUGAAUCUUGAACCAGAUCCAGUUUUGCUUGUUGGCUUGUUUCUGUUCUUCAGGAGGUCGUAAACCUCAGUGAUCUGAGUCAGAUUUAACAUGAAUUUACUAAAAACUGAGCCACCUUAUAUGUUCAAGUGAAAAUUGUGUGAAAUAUCUAGUCACCCCAAGAUCUCUUUGCACUAUGAUAGGUGGACUGUUUUCAUUGAAUACUAACAUCCAGGUCUCUUAACUUUGUCUGCUCGUUCUGUACUCUACUGCAUAUUCCUCUCUGCUGCUUUUAUCACAGGAUUGUAUUUUGUUGUUUUCUGAAAAAUAUUCAAGACUUCAAAAAAAAAAAUCAUCUUAUAACCCAUACUUUGCAUAUUUUCAUGUAAUCAGUGACUCUUGUAGGAUAUCUGACAUUGUGUUACAGUCAAUGAGAUGUAGGAUAAAGCCACUUCAGGUUUUCUUUUGAUUUGUUUGAUUGUUUUACCAGUAAUAUUUACCCAACCAUACAUGAAUUUAUUUUACUUUUAUAUUUUUGUAUCACUAAAGUUUUUGCUGAAUGAGAUGGAAUCUGUUUGCAUUUUAAGAAAUAUGACUGACUUAUUGCUGUUGUACGUAUGUAAAACUGUGGUGCUAUGUUGCAAACACAUCAAUCAUAUAUGUACAUGCUACAGCAUUGUGAACAAUGAUCAUUAGGAUAAUCUUUUUAUCAGAUUCAUAAAUGCCUUAAAUACAGCACUGCGACUAACAAUCAUUUCUGACAGUAACAUUUAGCAUGUGUUUCUCUUAUUCAAAUAAUUUAAAAAAAUAAACUUUUCUUGCAUCAGUUA